AUGUCACCUGCAGCCAAAGUCUCUGAAUUUCACAGAGAAGGAAACGACUGGUUUUGCAAAACAGGCUUGUCAAGUGAUAUAACUGUGGUUGUGGAUGAUGUGAAGUUCCACCUUCAUAAGUUUCCACUGGUGUCAAAAUGUGGAAAACUAGCAAGAACGUAUGAAGAUUCCAAAAUCACCAACAAGAAACCUCUCCGGACAACAACGGUGGUGCUCGAAGACUUCCCAGGCAGCGCAGAGACGUUCCUCACAGCUGCAAGAUUCUGUUACGGAGCUCGAGUAGAUCUCACCUCCAAAAACAUCGUUCCCAUACACUGCGCAGCAGAGUACCUCGAGAUGUCAAACGAAUACGGAGAAGACAACUUGAUAUCCCAAGUCGAAACCUUUCUGCACAAGAACGUGCUUCGCAGCUGGAAAGACUGUAUCUUGGCCUUACAAAGCUCCAACCCCGUGUUGAAAGCCGCGGAGAAGCUCCACACGAUACCCAAGCUCAUGAACGCUGUGUCAACGAUGGUUUGCACUGACCCGAGUUUGUUCGGAUGGCCUAUGAUGAUGUAUGGGACACUGCAGAGUCCCGGCGGGAGCAUCCUAUGGAACGGGAUAAACACUGGAGCGCGAAUGAGAAGAAGCUCCGGUUCGGAUUGGUGGUACGAAGACGUCUCUUAUCUAAGUGUGGAUCUGUUCACAAGGCUCAUCAAGACUAUGGAGACGAAAGGUAUACGCGCGGAGAGUUUAGCCGGUGCGAUGAUGUAUUACGCGAGAAAGUACUUGCCGGGACUGGGACGGUGGCAGACCGGUGGUGGCGAUGGAAGCAAGAGCAGAGGAAGAAGAAGUGUUGUGAGUUUUAGUUUGGGAUCAGCGUCUUCUAUGUCUCCUCUUGAUCAGAUUGCUCUGCUUGAAACCAUUCUGAGUCUUUUACCGGAGAAGAGAGGGAGAUCUUUCUGCAAGUUCUUGUUAGGUCUCCUUCGUGUUGCCUUCAUUCUUGGAGUCGAUGGGAGCUGCGUCAAGAGCUUGGAGAGGAAGAUAGGGUCGCAGCUGGAGCUCGCAACGCUAGAGAGUCUUCUCAUCCUCAACUAUUCCGACUCCGAGACGCUCUAUAACGUCGACUGCGUCGAACGAAUGGUUCGUCAUUUCGUCUCAUCAUCAUCGUCAUCGUCCUCGCGGUUACAAGACUUCUCUCCUCCAUCUUUGGAUCCAGAGAUGUCUCCUUCUUCCUCAGCGCCGUUGAGAAAAGUGGCUAAGCUCGUUGAUGGCUACAUGGCAGAGGUUGCGUCCGAUGUGAAUCUGAAACCGGACAAAAUGCGGUCUCUUGCAGCUGCUCUCCCGGAGUCUUCAAGACCCUUGUACGAUGGUUUGUACAGAGCGUUUGACAUCUAUUUCAAGGAGCAUCCAUGGCUGUCAGAUAGAGAUAAAGAGCAGCUCUGCAACGUCAUGGACUACCAAAGACUCUCCAUAGACGCAUGCGCUCAUGCUUCUCAUAACGAUCGGUUACCGCUCAGAGUUGUUCUCCAGGUUCUCUUCUUUGAGCAAAUGCAUCUCAGGACCGCUCUUGCGAUCGGUCUCCAAGGUACAGCUCAGACGGGAGAGCGUAUAGUUCAGAGAGAUGGGUGGGUGACUGUAGUGAGGCAAAACCAGGUUUUGAAAGUGAAUAUGCAGAGGAUGAGGUCAAGGGUUGGAGAAUUGGAAGAGGAGUUUGAGAGUAUGAAGCAGGAGAUGUUGAUGAAGAAGAGAGUGAGUAAGUCGUCUAGCUCGGUGAACUCACCUCGUCUUGUCAAGAUGGGAUGCAAGUUUCUUCUUCCACGAGCCUCUGAUGCUAAGAUUGAGAUAGCUCAGAGCUCUGUGUCAAGCUCGCCUAGAUCUGCUGCUGCUGAUCACGCACUGCCUCGCCAUUCGAAACACCGGAAAAGCUUCUCCCUUUUCGGAUAA